GUAUCAAAGCCUGACUACCCCUACGAGGUGGCUGUGCUCAGUGGGUACCUGUCUGGGCAUAGAAAAUGCCAGGGCAGGUGAACCAGCAUCAGAAGAUGGCUAAGGAAGGAGUGGGGCCUAUCCUGUUCACUUCCACACUUUGUAGCUUUGGGUCUACUUUGAUUUUUGUGAUAAAGCAGGGAUAGAGGAGAAAGUAACUUAAAAUUCUGAAAAACUUAAAGCGGAGAAACAGUGACAUUUAGUGACUUACUACAUGUGAAAAAUUGGUACUCUUCCUGGAUUUUGCCUGGACUUUUUUCUCCCAAAUUAGUAUAUUCUAGUCAUGCCUGACUAUGCUGGUCUAUGUCUAGAUGAACAAGAGAACUGGGCAACCCAUGAUCCACAUCUACCUGGACAAGGAAACGGGAAAGCCCAAAGGCGAUGCCACAGUGUCCUAUGAAGACCCACCUACUGCCAAGGCUGCCGUGGAAUGGUUUGACGGGAAAGAUUUUCAAGGGAGCAAACUUAAAGUCUCUCUUGCUCGGAAGAAGCCUCCAAUGAACAGUAUGAGGGGGGGUAUGCCACCCCGUGAGGGCAGAGGGAUGCCACCACCACUCCGCGGAGGUACUUUCUCUGAUCUCUUAUGUUGCAUUAAAAGGUUUUCAAUAUACUCCCUACCCUUGAGAAACUUGAUUACUAGAGUGAAGAAAUAUAAAAUUGUGUGUAGAGUCAAUACUUUGAACGUUUGUGGGCGUAAAAGGAAGAGGAGAAGAACAUGGGAGGCUGGAAGCCACACUGCCUGUCAACUCCAGACUGCCAUUUAUUUGGCUUUGGUUGUGUCUGUAUAGACAUGCCUGCUUCUUAUAGAAUUGUGGGAGUUUGGCCGGGUGUGGUGGCUCAUGCCUGUAAUUCCACUGCUUUGGGAGGCCGAGCUGGGC